UCAAAGGUCUGAUCCAAGAGGGCGAGGAUGCGAGUCUGAUCGGGGGGCUUGUCUUGCCUCUCGACAGGUUCACGAAAGAGAGCGAGACACAGCAAGAGAAGUAUGAGGAGUCGACUGAAGCUCUUGCAGCCAGGUGAAGCUCUUCCUCUGCGUCCUCGAGGCAAGAACUCCCCACUGCGACAUCUCUCUGCGCUGCAGUACUCGCCAGAAGCUGCCUGCAUCUCUUCGCACCCAGAUUUGCAGCACGAACAGCUGUUGCACGAAAGACAAUACCCAAAUCGCAUUCCCCGCUCUUUCUUUUCCCGCGUCGAAUUCGCCAACAAGUGGCCCGCCUUGGUCGAGCAUGACGCCGACGACCAAGGAGUCGAGGCAUCUGGAAAGGACCGUAGAGAGGCUAAAGCCGUCGGGAUCGACCAGGUCGCUGUAAAUGUCAAAGGAAAGGAAAGGGCGUCGGAGGAGGAGAUUGCCUCGUGGAGCCUGGCCGACGACAAGGCGGACCUAUUGGCGCUGGGUUACAACGUCGACCUCGACCGGAUCGAGCUCCGGACCCUGGCGAUGGAGCUUGAAACCAGAACGGCCCAGUGGAAUUGCAACACGACCGAAGAGCACAGCAGCUUGUCUUCGACUUCCUCAGCCUCGUCGUCGAGAGGGCUGCAGAGCUCGGACGUCUUAUUUCGGCUCCUGUCCUGGACCUUGGAUCACGAGGGCCCGGCGGUAUACGUUGCCAAGAAGGGACAGGCAAGAAGCAGUCCGACGUCCACGCUUUACAGCCGACUCGUAUCGUGGCAGAUCCUGCAGCUGGCCCGGCUGCCCGCAAGUGCAUGGAAGAAGGGAGGGGGCCUGGACAGUUGCAACGACGCUCUCUGCGCCGAGAUCAUUUCCGAUGACGUGUUCGACCAGGCCUUGCGGUUGGCAGAUUCUGCGGGCAGAUUUGACCUGCUGGGGUUGCUUCUCGAGAAAGCGACGAGACGGGGCGCUCCACGGACCUGCCACGAGCUCCUUCAACGAUUCUUUCACCUACGCCAUGAUCUCAUCGACAGCGACCCUAACCGGCUUCUUCCCCUACUCCAACAAUCUUUCAUUAAUGCGGACCAGUGCAGAGGCCUGCCCAAGGAGCUGUGCACCAGGAUUCGCCACCUCAUCUUGAAUCUACCUUCUUCGCCCCACCCGACGCAGCCGGAUCAUGGGACAGAGGCUGCAGCUGCACGGGCAGAAGAAUUCUCCAUCGCCAUGCUUCGAGCAGCGUUGCAUUCGCACUCGCCCUUGGUCCGCAGGCCUGAAGCAGUCGCGCCUCAGAGCAAUGCCCGCCGUAACGCCUCCCGUGAGCAAAGACGCCUGAGAUCGACCAUCAUGCGCCUCUAUCGACUCGCGUCGUCGGCCACGCCGCCUCGAGGCACUGUCUCGGCUGAAUGGGUCGCCAGGGCGAUCCGAGCGCUUUCCAGCCGCGCAGUCCCAUCUGAGUCGUUGGUCGAUCUGGAAGCACACGGCAUAGAGCCUUCAAUCAAGAGUGAAGGGAGUGGAAAGGACCCACGGGAGGGGACAGUGCUUGAGAACACAGUGAGCGUUGCCGCUGCCAAUGUCGCGUUUGUCCGUCGCAUAUAUGAGCGGGAGAUUGUCAAGCGCCUGCGACUCGGACAAAGCAGCAGGUCCCUGCCAAUAGCCAGCGUCCGGCUUCCUUCACAAGAAGAACAUAGGGGCACGGUCAGGGAGAUAAGGGGGAAGGAGGCAUGGUGGACUAUCCGGGCGAUGCAUGCCAUGCUCGACGUUGAGCUCAAGGUAGCCUCCUCGCUCCUUCAACAAUAUUCAUCUCUGGCCGCGUCCGCAUCGACAUCGAGACGCCCUCGCAUAAGAGCCGAAACCCAGUCGAUCAUCCAGAGCCAGCUGCAACGCGUCACGAGGAUCGUCAGAUUGCUCACCCAAGUCGAAGUAGAAUUGCGUUCACGGAGUGAAGGGAGUGAGGAAGACGACGACCGCUCUUUGCGUGAAGAGGAGUGGGCCAAGGCGAGAGUCGACAUGGUAACCACGAGACUGCUGUUGAUAAGAGGAGAGCAUCGACGCGCCGUCUCGUACCUCGAGCGCGUGGUCAGCUCUGCCUCCCAGCCCAGACUCUCGACAGCAAGUACGGCGAUGGCUGCAGAGCAACGGCUCACACGCGGCUGUCUGAGAACGAGAAGGAUGCAGCGCUUCACCAUGAUACAUCUCGUGCAAUCCCUCUGCUCCCUUCUUCUCGCCAAUGGACCCAAGCUUAGCGUGGUCAGUAUUGCUGAGUUCGACCGCGCUCUACACCUCAUCAAUCGAUCCGUCUUCGACGUCGACAUCGAACGCAAUUGCUGGAUCCGCAGAGAAGCCAAGGAAGAGCUAGCCCUCAUGUAUUGGCGACUGCUCAGUCAGUCCUCUUCCGCUUAUCGAGCGCAAAAGAGUCUUUCGAGGGCCAGUGUAACACAGAAGGCCGCGUUCUGGACAACGAUGAUGCGGCUCAGAGAAACCCUCAUCGGCCUUGCUUCGUCCGACUCUUAUGGCAACGGCCUAUUCGUCAUUCGCACCCACUUCUGGGACAGGCGGGUGGAUUUCAUCGACAAAGCCUUGGACAUCGCCGGAGAGCAACAAGAGGAGCGAGAAGAGGAGAUGGCAAUCCUAACGGAUAUCCUGUGCAGCGUCGAAAAGAGAGAGAAGGGCGACGACGAGGCAGCGAUCAGGGAGCGUGCGAUGGACAGGCUCGAUAAGGUGGCAUACAGGAGGGCCAAGGUUGAGAGAAAGAUGGCUUCUACAUGAAAUUGGCGAAUGAUAGCUAUUGUACAAUUUUGAAUGCAACACGGCCCAAUGCUUUUACGGACACAUCUCUUUAAUCUCUGUUGUUUCCAGAGUUGUCAGCCAGGCCCAGAUGAG